AUGCUGCAGCGGGAGGCCCGGAUGCAGGGGGUUUGUUUCACGCCCAGGGGAGGGGGACGCCCGCAUAACAUUGCGCGACGGGCUCCUGCUCGCUUGAUGAGGUACCGAUACUCCUCCUGCGGGCACCGGUCGCCAAGUAUUUGCGCAGGCCAUUUUGUCAAUGCGUCUACCUACUCCAUGAAAGUGUGCAGUGGUAUCGUGUAUCAUGGGAAAUGUUGUCUUCAUAUUCUCUCCAAGAUUCAGGGUGCAAGGCCGGGCCGUCGACAAUUCGUCGAAUUUUGUUUCGACGUUCCUUUUGCAAUUAUCUGUUACCAAUUUGCAUCACAGCAUCUCAUUCAAAUCCUAACCCACGUCAAUCCACGCAACGAACAGCGGAGUGCCAACCUGCAAUAUUAUAGCGGAGUGAUUGGAUCAACUCAACCCCCGUGGAGUUCUGGAACUGGUGCUCUAGAGUAG